GGGGGGUGGGAGGGAGGUUGGAGGGGAAGGUAGUCACGGAGGGGUGACAGCUACAGGAGGUGGAGGAUCCUGGAGGUAACAGCAAGAAGAGUACGCAACGGCGAGGGGCGGCUUCUGCGCGGACGCCGGGCGGUCGAGCCAGAGGAAAGCAGGGGAACGCGGCGGCGUUGCGGGCUUACCCCGCCCGGGAGGGGGGUGCCAUGUCUCGAGAGCGUCCCCCCCGCACCGACAUCCCCCGCAACCUGAGCUUCAUAGCCGCAUUAACAGAGCGUGCCUACUACCGCAGCCAGCGGCCCAGCCUAGAGGAGGAGCCGGAGGUGGAGCCAGGCGAGGGCGGGACGCGCCUUGGGGCCCGAUCUCGCGCUCCCGCUCCGAGUCGGGGUCGCCGGGCCCUUUCUGCACCUGCCGGAGGCGGCGGGGUCCGGGCGCCCCGCAGCCGCAGCCCCGACACCCGUAAGAGAGUGCGUUUCGCCGACGCGCUUGGGCUGGAGCUGGCCGCGGUGCGUCGCUUCCGCCCCGGAGAGCUGCCCCGGGUGCCCCGCCACGUGCAAAUCCAGCUGCAGAGGGACGCCCUCCGCCACUUCGGGCCGUGCCAGCCUCGCGCCCGCGGCCUCCAGGAGGCGCGCGCCGCCCUGGAGCCGGCCAGCGAGCCCGGCUUUGCCGCUCGCUUGCAGGCGCAGCGCAUCUGCCUGGAACGCGCCGAGGCGGGCCCGCUGGGCGUGGCCGGGAGCGCGCGCGUGCUGGACCUGGCGUACGAGAAGCGCGUGAGCGUGCGCUGGAGCGCCGACGGCUGGCGGAGUCAACGCGAGGCACCCGCCUCCUACGCCGGCCCGGCACCGCCCCCGCCGCGUGCAGACCGCUUUGCAUUUCGCCUUCCCGCGCCACCCAUUGGGGGCGCCCUGCUUUUCGCCCUUCGCUACCGCGUGACCGGCCACGAGUUCUGGGACAACAACGGCGGCCGCGACUAUGCUCUACGAGGGCCCGAGCACCCCGGGAGUGGCGGAAACCCGGAGCCCCAGGGGUGGAUCCACUUUAUCUGAGACGCCUGGGCCGACGGCGGGAAAACCAAAGGCACCCAGGGGCUGGGGGAGCCCGAAGAUUUGGCGGGGAGCUGUCCAAGAGAGUCGAGUCGGGGAGGGAGAGAAGGAUGGGAAAAAUCAAAAGGGUGUGGGGAGUGGGCGGAAUCAACGAAAGUAGGGGAGGUCGGGGUGGAAAAACAGAGUUGGAUGUGAGUGAUAGGAAUCUAAGGCAUAGAAGAAAGGAAGCCAGAAAGGGCGCUGGAAGGAUUAGGAAAAAAGCAAAAGACUGGGGUUUGAUGGUGAUACCGUGAACUUAGUCCUGGGAGAAAGUAAGUGGGUUUGUCAGACUUAAGCAGAUAGUUAGGGUACCUCUUUGAGACUGAGGAGGUACUUUGAAGUAGGAGUCCACCCUGCUUAAGUCAUUUGGAUUGCGAGCUCAUUACCUCUUCUUAACCGCCGUUGCCACCUCAGGUCCCUCAGUCCUGCCCAUCCUAGCUUUAUACUCAGCCAUAAUUGCCUUGCUUAAGUCCCAGGAACUUGGCCAUUGCUUCCCAGCCCCUGGUAUUAUGACAGGAUUCCCUUGUCAUUUCCGACGAUCCCGGGCUUCAUUUCCCCCUGACUGGCUGGGGAGUAAUGGCAGGCUGCAAUCAGAGCUCCUACCUCCUCCUCCAGGCAGCCCUGGGGAUUAAAAUGAAGGCUAAACCGACUCCAGGCCUGUCCUUGUAGCCAAAUAAUGACGUGCCUGAGGAGCUGGUACACUCCGGGACUUCCAGGAAAAUGCCAGCCUUACCUUUCUGGAGUGCCUUUUAAUAACCUUUAAGCACUUUACGCACUGUAUUUGUCAAGAAACAGUGAAUCAAAAGAAUCACUAUCAUGAUUCUGCUUUGGGAGGAAAGAGUUACUGACUAGCUGUAUUACUUUGGGAAAAGUUGUUUCUCAUCUCUGGGCCCCAGUCUCCUCCUUGGGAAAUUAGAUUUUAACUAGGUGAUCUCUCACAGUCUCUUCUUGCUUUGACAUUUUAUGCUCCAUGAGUGUAGAAAAGAAGCCACACUCUUCAACCUACAUUUGGAGUGCUACGGUUCAGAACACACAGUACUCCCAACAUUUGGUUGGGGCUGAGGAUGGGUCUUCCAGUUUUUGACACAGAUGUUCCAGAGCUCAGGAAGCAUCCCACAACCAGCUGCAGCCUGAUGGUAUUACAAACCCUUUUUCAAACUGCAGUUCAUCCUCUGCCCCAUACUUUUUGCUCUUGCCCCCACAGACUUCCAGUCUAGGCACUUUGAGACAGUUUUGGGCAGGUGCAUAUCUGUUGGGGAAAAUGAUUUUGGGAGCUCCAGAGAUGAAACAAUGCUGAGGAUCUCUUGAGGAUAAAGUUUUAUGAAUAUAAGGAAUGGAAAACAUUUCAAAUCAAGAAUCAAAGCCACUUGGUAAUUAAAUGGCACCAGAAGAUGGCAGUCUUCAUACCCUGAGCAAGUGAAAUGGGGAAGCUGGACUCUUCUAUCCAUUCACCAUCAUGCCUUAGGUCUCCCUUCCUGGUUAACCUCUGUUGGUAGUUUUUCCUUUCCUCUUACCCUAUUCCCGAGCUCUUUGCUUUUUUCUUUCAUUGUCCCUCUCUCAUCACUUUCGUUUUUCUUUUAAUAUAUAGGGUAUUUACCUUCGUUUUCUCUUUUCCAUUUGCCUCCAUCUUCAUCCUUGUUGAUCUCUGCUAUUCCUUCUCCCUCCAGAAGGGGUGGAGAACCUACUUCCUUUUCUCCAAGACCAUGGUUGAUCCACAUUCCUCCCUCAGGCUCCUUCUUGACAGUCUUCUAGAAGGGAGAAGAGGGAAAAGAAGCAGUUCCUGAUGCAGAUGAACAGCUGCUCCCAGGUAAAACAGCUCCCCACACCCUUUUCUAUCUAUUACUAGUUUCUCAAAAAUGUCUGAAUCCCCCUCUUAUUACUGAGUCAGAGAGUGCAUGCAUACAUGCCCAUACAUGCAUUCAGAACAGAGUAUGGGGCAUGUUACCAGGCCCCUCCUUUCCAGAGAUCUUAGUCCUUUGAAGGAAGAUGGCCAAAAGGGAGGAACCCCUAGUCACUCCUCAAAGAAGUGUCGGUUUAAACAGCAUCCUUACAUGAAGAAGAAAACAAAGAAUUCCAUGCAACUUGUGGAUCACCUUCAGGUCAAAGUUCCAGCAAAGUGAAGAAAGAACCUCCUGGAAGCCACCAAGCAAUGCACUUUUUAGUCAUCAAUGGAGAGCCCAAGGAAGAAUGAUGGAGCGGGAGCCUAGGUGGGGGCUCAGUGUAUACUAACCUCUUGCCUAAUAUGUAUGCACUAUUGUCAUGUUGUAUUAACAAUUGUAAUAGCUCACAUGUGUCUUGUGUCUUGCAUGCAUUAUAAUCUUCAGAACAACCCUAUCAGUUGAGAAAUAUUAUUCCUGUUUUAGAGAUGAGGAAACCACUCAGAAAAGCUCAGUAAUUUGUUUAAGAUCACAUCGCUGGUAAAUAGCACAGCUAGGGUUGUGAACUCAGGAUCUCCAAAGCUUCUGUGUAUAACCAUGUUAUUACAUUUUUUCCUUCAAAAACAAAACUGAAAACUUUGCCAUAUGUAAUCUCUUAUUAGGAAAAGACCACAGUUUCUAACUCCUCUGCCUUCCCAUCCUCCCAGUUUACCGAAGAGAGAAGGCAAAGUAGAGGGUUCCAAGCUCCCAUGCAGGAGCUUGCUGCUCUGUCCUGUACCAGUGUCCCAGCUCUGCAGAAUCAGCAAGGGGACCACACUGCCUGCCUGCUAGAGAACUCGGGAACUCAUGUGAACUUCAGCUUUUCCUUAAAUUGGGAUUCUCUCCUGCCCCUAACCAACAUUCUGCAUCUGUUGGUAUGACACCCUUUCCAUUCCCCUGACUGGUCUUGAAAUGACCAAUCCCUAAAGUAUUCAUUAAAGGGUAUCCCUGAGUAGGACAACUGCUGAAUGGUCUAUGCUUGGGCUCUCUCUGCGAGCCCGGAUAUUGCUGAGUGGUUAAAUGUAAACUGGUUGGAGACAGGGAACCCCCUGAGUUUUUUCUUUAAGAAGAGCUAUGACUUCCAACCCCCUACCUGCCCUGUCAUUCUCAGCUUUAUAGAACCAACACCUAAAUCUUCGAGUUCUUUCCAUGUAGAGCUGCCCCAGGGCUUGGGGUAAGCUGAUCGUCUAAUCUGAUAUGGGAAGCACUAGGAGUUUGGUGGAAUCUUUAGAGAUGUAUUAGAUGUUACGGGGAUGGGUCCUUUCCCCUGAAGGCUGACUAUAUGAGCAGGAGCAGUUUGGUGUAUACAGGUCAGCUGUGGACCAGGCAGUGUUAGAAGAGAAAACACUACCCUGGUCAGGGGCUUGGGUCCUUGAAGCAACACAGCUAGAACACUUUUGCCUCUUUCUCUCAUCCAGACCUCAGAUGUCUUCCUAUACUUGCUUAUCUAACAACCUUCCUCUCGUACCUUUGUUUCUCUUCAUGACUGUAGUUCAUUUCUCUUCACAAUAAGCCCUGGCUUUCCAAUCGAACUUUCCAAUCAAACUCCCACAUUCCCUUGCUUCUAACACCUGCGUUUCUCUGGAGUUCCUCCAGAUCUCUGGGCUCUUGCAAUCAGCAAGAUCAUACAAUCAGAGACCUGGAAAAACUUGGCUUUAGAGAUCACUGAGUCCAUGCUCCAGUACAAAUGAGGACACAGGUCCAGAGAUGAGAAGAUUUCAGCAGGGUCAGAGAAUUUGUUAGUUAGUGCGGCUCAAGAUGGGGCUUAACCCCUGCCCUCCUGACCAUAUCCCACUCCCAGGCUACAAAGCGGCCUCUAAUAGACCCAUAAUUUUUCAUGGUAAGGGAUAAUGUUACAAAUGUUUCAUUUUCUGCUGCUAGUUUCCAUUCCCGUCCCUAUCCAGGCAUAAAAAGAAACAAAAGGCACUUGUAGUUUUCUCUGUUUUCCCAGCUUGGGCACUUCUUUGGGUGAUAUUGCUAAGGAACAGUGAAGUUACUAAAAAGACUGAAUAAUCCACCCAUUGACUAGCUAACCUGGAGAGGAAUUGAAAGUUUGCUUUGUGGCUCUCCCCAAACCACUGUUCUCAUCAGGCCCUCCCAGAGUGUCCUCACCCUCUUCACAGUGCAGCCCUGUUCACUGGGCCCCAAAUCCAUGAGUAUUGUGCCUCACUUCAGCUUCCUCAUGCAACUGCCCUCCCUUCUGGAUAAAAGACCUCAUACUUGAAAUAAAUUCGAAACAUGAAAGUAUAUCAUAAAA